AACUAAGGCACGAAACAUAACAGUCCAAUUUGUCAUUUCCCGACACGUCUCCACACACGCCUUCAUGCGAGUUUUACUUUUUUCAUCGCAGUCAGUGUCUCCUGCGACGCAAUCGCAACCGCAAACGAGUGCUUGACUGCGUACCGGUUUCUCUAACAAAGACUAAUUUACACGAGUAUCGCGCUCGAAGAAAAUCCCGUUUGGCUUUGAACAACAAUGCCGAUACGUUUGCUAAUGAUUUUCUUUGUACUGGCGGUUUUUAUUCUAAAAGAUAGCGAUGGAUUACCGGCGAAUUAUACAGAAAACGGACAGAAGACAGAUGAUGAUAGCGCGGAUAAUAUUAAUUAUCCAAACGAAGGCUCUACUCCAUUAUCUGAUGCCAGUGAUUCUGGAGUAUCAACCGACUCUCAAAGAAUUCCAACUUGUUUGAAUCAUCAGGAGACGAUGGGUCAUCGGCGUAAUGAAAAUGAAGAAAUGUCCGCUGAGAAGAAUUAUCAGAACUUAAUCACUGCUUUGUCAAAGAUCGCUAAAAUCAAAUCUUCUAAGGAAGAUCCUGUUGUCACUGGAGGAUGUUCAAUGGAAAAUAUUUACAAUGGCGCGCAAAAAAAAUUCACGUAUUUGCAAAACGGAGUUUUUGCAAAAAAUACUGGAAGACCGAUAUCUCUCGAUACGAAAUUAUCUUCGAAACUAGUUUCCGAGGACAUUUUCAACAAUGCACCGAACGAUGGAAUUCAGCAAAGAAAUUUUCACUGUCGUGCCAUACAAGACGUUUACAUACCGGAGAUAAAAGAGAAGAUUCCUUCGUAUGCGUGCACAUUCGGAGACAAUACGUUUAUUCUUUCGAGUAAGAGAUUUUUUCAAGAUCGUAGGAGUAGCUUGCACAUUAACAUCGACAAUGAUACACUUCGUAAAUUAAACAGCUCUAUCAUAACUCCCACAAAUAGCCAGUUCCAUAUUAUUCCGGCUGUUUUAGUUCUAAAACCCUGGCACGAAAACUAUGAUAUACGUAAUCCAAAAAACUUUCAAGAUCUAGUAUAGACAAUAAGAACAUUGGGCGAGUGAUUGUAAUCUCUUUGUCUUAUAAUAUAUCAGUGUAAUUAUUAAUAACAAAAUUAAUAAAGUAAUCAAGAAUAAAUCAAUUAAUGAAAUAGGCAAGCUAUAAGAUAUAUAAAAUAUUUAAAAACAAAAUUGUCAUCGAUCGUUACAAUUGAAUAAAAAUUUUGUACCAUCGAA